GCGUUGUUCUGCGAAAUGGACGUCUUUUGAUUUAUUUCAUCAAUGAGGAGGCUGGUACUGGAGAUCUGGCGUGUAGCGUCACGGGCGGUGUGUCGUUCCGCACAGAUCGCAUGUUGAUCACGACGCUGCUUGAUCCGGAGCUCCGCUGUCUGCGAGACGUGGCAGAUUAUAUCAUUUUAAGGCCUUUUCUCAAAGGAUGCAGAUGUAACCGUUUUUAUCUGGUGUAGCGAAAAGUAUACUGGAAGCAGGAUGUCCUUCUACGCCGUCGUUAUACUGGUCCUUUAUAUGAUUUUCUCUCUUUGGCAGGUGAGUGCAGAUGAGGACUGCUUGUGGUAUGUGGACAAAAAUGGCACCUGGCACAAUGGCUUUGACUGCCCGCUCAUAACCUUCUGCUGUGGGAACUGUCACCGCCGUUACUGCUGCCUGGAUGGCUUCAAGAUGAUCACCGAGGCGGGACAGAAGCGCUGCAUGCUUUUCCAUCUCAGCCCUUCUACUAUAGCUGGCAUUGCUUCAUCGAUCCUGCUCUUUGUGGCUGCUAUAGCAACUAUGGUCUGUUGCUUCAUGUGUUCCUGCUGUUAUCUGUACCAGCGCCAACGUGGGAGAACUCCUUAUGAAGUCCAGCAUAUUCCAAUGGUCAGCUAUCCUGUGGAGCACAUGUAUGAUGCUUCUGGUAAACCCAUUGGACAUCCUGAUUAUCCUGGCUAUCCAAUGGUGCCACAAUAUCCAGGUGUCCCCCACCAUUAUCCUAUGAUGCCCCAGGGUCCUUAUCCUCCCAAUCCUCCUGACGCAGGAUACAGUCAAGCAGCUCCUCCACCAUAUUCCCCUCCACAGUACCCAGGGCACUGAAAGAGCUGAGGUCUCUCAGCCAGAAGAUAACCUAUAGAAUGGGUGAUGAUGAAGAGGGCCCAUGCUUGUAUGGAAUCCUUUGUAUGAGAAACCAUUUAAAAUUAAUUUCUGUUAUUUAUUUCUUGAUUAAUUUGUGGAGUGAAGCAUGAACUGACCUCAGAAUCACCUCACAUGUCUAGAGUGUUUUCUUGUUUGAUGUACAGCUUUCAUGUGUCACUAAUCAGUGAGAAUCUUCCCACUUUAAUCCAGCAACUCACAGACUCAAAAGACUGCUUUAAACGUGCCAUUAUGUUUUGUCAAACUCUCCGAAAUGGACUGUUAAAGAUGAUUUUCCUGCAGAAGAGACUGACUGCCAGUUCUGACUCAUCCAGGAUCUCGUUUUCUGUUCAACCAAAUAAGUACCUUGUGUCAUUUACACUUUAUUCUGCAAUAGACAUGCUUAGCUGUC